ACUUCAGCUUCCAAGGAAUAUGAUUGAAAACAGCAUGUUUGAAGAAGAACCAGAUGUGGUAGAUUUAGCCAAAGAGCCUUGUUUACAUCCUCUGGAACCUGAUGAAGUUGAAUAUGAGCCCCGAGGUUCGAGGCUACUGGUGCGAGGUCUUGGUGAGCAUGAGAUGGAUGAGGAUGAAGAGGACUAUGAGUCAUCUGCAAAGCUGCUAGGCAUGUCCUUCAUGAACAGGAGCUCGGGCCUUCGGAACAGUGCAGCAGGCUACAGGCAGAGUCCAGAUGGGACUUGUUCAGUACCCUCUGCCAGGACCUUAGUGAUCUGUGUUUUUGUCAUUGUGGUUGCUGUCUCUGUAAUCAUGGUGAUUUAUCUACUGCCUAGAUGUACCUUUACCAAAGAAGGCUGCCACAAAAUAAACCAGUCAGCAGAACUCAUUCAGCCAUUUGCUACAAACGGGAAAGUGUUUCCAUGGGCGCAAAUUAGGCUUCCCACUGCCAUUAUUCCUCAACGCUAUGAACUUAGCCUACAUCCAAACCUAACCUCAAUGACAUUCAGGGGUUCUGUGACAAUUUCACUUCAGGCUCUUCAAGACACACGGGAUAUCAUUCUCCAUAGCACAGGACAUAAUAUUUCAAGAGUGACAUUUAUGUCAGCAGUUUCAAGUCAAGAAACACAAGUUGAAAUCCUGGAAUAUCCAUAUCAUGAGCAAAUCGCCGUUGUUGCUCCUGAAACCCUUCUAACAGGACACAAUUAUACCUUGAAGAUAGAGUAUUCAGCAAAUAUAUCUAACUCUUAUUAUGGAUUUUAUGGCAUCACCUACACAGAUAAAAGUAAUGUGAAAAAGUACUUUGCAGCAACUCAGUUUGAACCUCUGGCAGCAAGAUCUGCUUUUCCUUGUUUUGAUGAGCCAGCAUUUAAGGCCACAUUUAUCAUCAAGAUCACAAGGAAUGAGCACCAUACUGCAUUAUCAAAUAUGCCUAAGAAGUCAUCGGUCCCUGCAGAAGAAGGACUUAUUCAAGAUGAGUUUUCUGAAAGUGUAAAAAUGAGCACAUACCUUGUUGCUGUCAUUGUAGGGGAGAUGAGGAACCUGAGUCAGGAUGUAAAUGGAACUCUGGUUUCUGUAUAUGCUGUACCAGAAAAAAUUGGUCAAGUUCAACAUGCCUUGGACACAACUGUAAAGCUCCUUGAGUUUUAUCAAAAUUACUUUGAAAUUCAAUACCCACUUAAGAAAUUGGAUUUGGUGGCCAUUCCUGACUUUGAAGCUGGAGCAAUGGAAAAUUGGGGCCUGCUUACAUUCCGAGAAGAGACCCUUCUGUAUGACAAUGCCACUUCUUCAGUAGCAGAUAGAAAACUGGUCACUAAAAUCAUUGCUCACGAACUGGCACAUCAGUGGUUUGGUAAUCUGGUUACAAUGAAGUGGUGGAAUGACCUGUGGCUGAAUGAAGGAUUUGCCACUUUCAUGGAAUAUUUCUCUGUGGAAAAAAUAUUCAAAGAGCUCAACAGUUAUGAAGACUUCUUAGAUGCUCGAUUUAAAACCAUGAGGAAAGAUUCCUUGAACUCGUCUCAUCCAAUAUCAUCAUCUGUUCAGUCUUCUGAACAAAUAGAAGAAAUGUUUGAUUCUCUUUCCUAUUUUAAGGGAGCAUCUCUCUUGUUGAUGUUGAAAAGUUACCUUAGUGAAGAUGUGUUUCGGCAUGCUAUCAUUCUUUACCUGCACAACCACAGCUAUGCAGCUAUUCAAAGUGAUGAUCUCUGGGACAGCUUCAAUGAGGUCACAGACAAAACUCUAGAUGUAAAGAAAAUGAUGAAAACCUGGACCCUACAGAAAGGAUUCCCAUUAGUGACUGUCCAGAGGAAGGGGACUGAGCUUCUUCUACAACAAGAAAGAUUUUUUCUAAGCAUGCAACCAGAAAUUCAGGCUUCAGAUACAAGCCACCUUUGGCAUAUUCCAAUAUCCUAUGUCACUGAUGGAAGAAACUAUUCAGAAUACCGAUCAGUUUCACUACUGGACAAGAAAUCAGGUGUCAUCAAUCUUACAGAACAAGUGCAAUGGGUCAAAGUCAAUACAAACAUGACUGGCUAUUACAUUGUUCACUAUGCUGAUGAUGACUGGGCAGCUCUAAUCAACCAGUUAAAAAGAAAUCCUUAUGUUCUGAGUGACAAAGACCGAGCCAACCUGAUCAAUAACAUCUUUGAACUUGCAGGCCUUGGCAAAGUGCAUAUUCGGAUGGCAUUUGAUUUGAUUGACUAUCUUAGAAAUGAGACCCACACUGCACCCAUCACUGAAGCCCUGUUCCAAACGAACCUCAUCUAUAACCUCCUGGAAAAACUGGGAUACAUGGACCUGUCCUCAAGAUUGGUAACCAGAGUACAUAAAUUGCUACAGAACCAAAUCCAGCAGCAGACUUGGACGGAUGAAGGCACACCAUCUAUGCGAGAGCUUCGGUCAGCCUUGCUGGAAUUUGCCUGUGCCCACAGCCUAGAGAACUGUACCACUAUGGCCACAAAACUGUUUGACAAUUGGAUGGCAACAAAUGGAACUCAGAGCCUGCCUACUGAUGUUAUGAUCACUGUGUUCAAAGUUGGAGCAAGAACUGAGAAAGGCUGGCUGUUCCUCUUAAGCAUGUAUUCUUCCAUGGGCUCUGAAGCAGAAAAGAAUAAAAUACUUGAAGCUCUUGCCAGCUCAGAUGAUGUACAUAAACUUUACUGAAACAGGAGCUGCUUG